AUGUCGAGCUCAUCUUUUCGCCAGCCAAGUACUCAUCAUGCUGCGCCCCAGCAGCAAUUGUCGGCCCUGGCUGCCCGGAUUGCGUCGAAGAAGGCCGAGCUAGAUAAUCUGAAGCAACUCCGUGAGAUGAGUGGUGCGCUAGCGAUGCAAAUGCAAGUCUUAGAAGAGAAGAUAGGGACGCUUAAGGAUGGCACAGAAGCUGUUGCCUGCGUUCUUGCUAACUGGGACAAUGUUCUACGGUCGAUUAGCAUGGCCUCCAGUAAGCCGCCACCUUGUUCUCUACCUAUGCUAGCACUGCUGAGAUCUGUAUUAUUGGUUGCCAUUGCUGACCCCUUGGUUCCCUGA